AUGCGUUACCUCCAUCAAGACUCAGGACCCCAGGCGCACCAGACCCCCAAAGAUGCCCGGAUCACUCACUCCUUGGGCCAGAGCUUCGAGCAACUGAGGCAGGGGUGCCUGAGUAGGGGCACCCUGUUUGAGGAUCCAGACUUUCCGGCCAGCAACUCAUCUCUGUUCUACAGCGAGAGGCCUCCAGUCCCCUUCGUGUGGAAACGGCCAGGGGAAAUUGUGAAAAACCCAGAAUUCAUUCUUGGAGGGGCCACCAGGACUGACAUCUGCCAGGGGGAACUUGGUGACUGUUGGCUGCUAGCUGCCAUUGCUUCGCUCACGCUUAAUGACAGAGCGCUGGCCAGAGUGGUCCCCCACGACCAAAGCUUUGGCCCUGGUUACGCUGGGAUAUUCCAUUUCCAGUUCUGGCAGCACAGCGAGUGGCUGGAUGUGGUGAUUGAUGACCGACUGCCCACCUUCAGGGACCGCUUGGUUUUCCUCCACUCUGCUGACCACCGGGAAUUCUGGGCCGCCUUGCUGGAAAAGGCCUAUGCCAAGCUGAAUGGGAGCUACGAGGCUCUGAAGGGUGGCAGCACCAUUGAGGCCAUGGAGGACUUCACCGGGGGCGUGGCAGAGAACUUCCUAACCAGAGAUGCUCCGGAGAAUUUCUACGAGAUUCUUGAGAAAGCUUUGAAGAGGGGCUCCUUGCUGGGCUGCUCCAUUGACACCAGAAACGCUGCCGAAUCGGAAGCCCGGACACCUUUUGGUCUGAUUAGGGGCCACGCCUACACUGUAACUGGGAUAGACCAGGUAAACUUUCGUGGCCAGAAAGUGGAACUCAUCAGAGUCCGGAACCCCUGGGGCCAUGUCGAGUGGAACGGGUCCUGGAGCGACAGCUCUCCUGAGUGGCGCUCUGUCAACCUGGCUGAGCAAAAGCGCCUGUGCCACAUGGCUCUGGAUGAUGGUGAAUUCUGGAUGGCAUUUGAGGAUUUCAAGACCCACUUUGACAAGGUGGAGAUCUGCAAUCUCACCCCAGACGCCCUGGAGGAGGAUGCACUGCACAAGUGGGAGGUGAUUGUCCAUCAAGGAAGCUGGGUGCGUGGCUCCACAGCUGGGGGCUGUCGCAAUUUCCUGGAUACCUUUUGGACCAACCCACAAAUAAAACUCUCCCUGACUGAGACAGACGAAGGGCAAGAGGAGUGCACGUUCCUUGUAGCCCUGAUGCAGAAGGAUCGAAGGAAACUCAAGAGGUUUGGCGCUGACGUGCUGACUAUUGGCUAUGCCAUUUACCAGUGCCCUGACAAAGAAGAACACCUCAACAAAGACUUCUUCAGAUACCACGCCUCCCAGGCCAGGAGCAAAACGUUCAUCAACCUGCGGGAAGUGUCCGGCCGGUUCAGGCUGCCCCCUGGAGAGUACAUCCUGAUCCCCAGCACCUUCGAGCCUCACCAGGAGGCUGAUUUCUGCUUGAGAAUCUUUUCGGAGAAGAAAGCCAUUACUCGGGAUGUGGAUGGAAACAUAGGCAUUGACCUUCCUGAGCCUCCAAAGCCUAACCCGCCUGGUGAGGAAACAGAGGAGGAACAGCAGUUCCGGGCCAUGUUUGAACAAGUGGCCGGCAAGGACAUGGAAGUGACAGCAGAGGAACUGGAGCACAUUCUAAACGCUGUCCUGGAGAAGAAAAAGGACAUCAAAGUCAAGAGGCUGAGCCUGCUCUCAUGCAAAAACAUCAUCUCACUAAUGGAUAGAAGCGGCAAUGGAAAGCUGGAGUUCACUGAGUUCAAAGUGUUCUGGGACAAGCUGAAGCAGUGGAUGAGACUUUUCGUUCAGUUUGAUGCUGACAAAUCUGGCACCAUGUCCUCCUAUGAGCUGCGGACCGCACUGAAAGCAGCAGGCUUCCAGCUGGGCAAUCACCUCCUACAGCUCAUCGUCCUCAGGUAUGCGGAUGAAGAGCUGCAACUGGACUUUGAUGACUUCCUCAACUGCUUAGUCCGGCUAGAAAAUGCAAGCCGAGUGUUCCAGGCUCUCAGUACAGAGAACAAGGAGCUCAUUCAUCUCAACAUAAAUGAGUUCAUCAACUUGACAAUGAACAUCUGAGGCCACCCUGAUGGAGAUGCAGCCUGCCCAGCUGACUCUGACCUUCAGACCAUGAACUUCAGACCUGC